GAGGGCGGCCCUGCAGACGGGAGGGCGGCCCUGCAGCCUCUGGGCUGGUCUGCGAGUCUGGCACAAAGCCACAGGCUUCUUUUCAGUUUCAUUUCUCGCAGACUGGCUAAAGCAUCAUUUCUGCAGCCAUGGCAAAAGCUAAGGAAGAAUUUGGAGGGGUUUCUAGCCUAAAAGAUGAACUCAGCUGUCCCAUCUGCCUAUCUGUGUACAGAAACCCAGUGUCACUGAGCUGUGGUCACAGCUUCUGCAGGGAAUGCAUCCAAAGGGCCCUCGGCGUCCAGCAGCAAUCCAAGGCCUCUUACUCCUGCCCAAUGUGUAAGAGCCAGCUAGAGCCCAUGCUGGAGCUACAGAAGAAUUUCCAGCUAUGCAGCAUCGUGGAGACCUUUCUGGCCACCACUUCUGAAGGAAAACAGGGCAAGAGCUCUCCAGAAGAGAGGAAGAUGGUUCUCUGUGAUUUUUGCCUUGAUCAACCCCAGCCAGCAGUGAAAAUCUGUCUCACCUGUGAUUCGUCUUUGUGCCAGGUCCAUCUGAACAAACACAAUGCCAAGGCUUCACGUGUCCAGGACCAUAUCCAGGUAGAGGCCGGCACAGGCCACUCUGUGGAGGAGAGGAAGUGUCGGGAGCAUGGCAGGCUGCUGGAGUGCUUCUGUGAGGACGAAAGGGAGUGUAUCUGUGUGCUGUGCUCCAUUGCGGGGUCCCACAUGGGCCACAGCAUCGUCACCCUCAAGGAGGCACGUGACAAAGAGCUGGGUGUUCUCGCUCGCACCGUCGAACAGAUGCAGGAAAACAAAAGCACUCUAGCUAAUGCCUUGGAGGAACUGCAGAAAAGUGAGAAUCAGCUCAAGACCAAUACGAAAACUGUGACUUCUCAGCUGGUGAAUCUGUUUGAAGAGAUCAGGGCAGAGGUAAAUCAGAAAGAGCAGCAGAUCCUGAGUGACAUCCAAUCCAAUGAGGAAAAACAAUUGUCAGAUAUUACUGUCCUGAAGAAGGAAAUGGAACAGAAGCGAGAUGAGGCUGCACAGCAUCUUCAGUCUUUGCAGAAGAUGAGAGAGCAAUCAGAUGCUUUCCUCUUCCUCAAAGAAUUUAAAUUGGUACAGGAUAGGAUUGAGAAUCAGAAUUUCAACGUUGACCAGAUGGAAGUGUUAGCAGUGGAAGUGCAUCCAGACACAAUCAACAGAUGCAGAAGGCUGAUGUGGGACUACACGACCCAGCUGGACUUGCUGAUGCGGGAGGCGCACAGGGAACUCAUCAACCAGAUACAGCAGAACAGAUUCAUUGGAAAGACUGGAGAAUCAACAUUUGAUAUUUUCUUUUACCAAUCUCUGUAUAACUUCAAAUAGAUGGAGAGCACAAGAGGCAAGAGAUGCAGAUGGCUGCCAUUGAAAGUUGUCCAGGACCACCUUCAGGACACAUUUGGCUUAACACAUUUAACACAAGUCAUCUUUGUAGCAAAGAAUUAUCUUUGUAUGAAACCAGCUUGGUCAGUCUCUAAGCCACAUUCUAACACUUCUGCGACAGAAGACUCAGAGCACCAUGCAAAAUACCAAGGUCUUCAGUGUACAAAGAUGAUUUACUAGCUACUUCUCCAUGAAUACAGAUAUUCUCUUCUGAUCAAACACAUGCUAUGCUUUCCAGAUGUCGCCUUUAUUGCAUAUGUUGAUUGCACAGAGGGAUUUCAUGGGCACUACCAGUCAGAUAGCUCACCCUUCACUGCUGUAGAGCCUAGCAGUGAUUUGGAUUUAACAUAUAGUUUCAUAGCCUGGGUGUUUCUUCUCCAAACUGGUAAAGAAAACCACAAAAAGACAAUAAUGAUAAAAAAAGUUCAACUGCAAACCAGGAGUGUCAACAAAAAAGCUUUUAUGAAAUCAAAGGCUACAAUUCUUGGUGCUUUUAUAUAAAUUAGGAUUUGUGGAUAGAAAUAUUAACAUGAAUAUAAUAUAUAGUAAUGCUUUUCCAAAACAAUUGCAAGGAGAUUGCUAGAGAUCUUUAUAGAGAGAAUCCACCUGGGUGUCACUAAGUGUGUCUUUAACUACACUGAGAUUGUAAGCCACAGCCUGGAAAAGGCCUGACCCUGAUAUAGAACUUUAUCCACUGGUCACUUUCCCUCUCCUUUUAGUGUGAUAAAGGUAUGAUUGAAUUCACCAGUUUUGGUCCCAUUGUGGUAUCACUUGUUUUCCCCCGAAGGCUACAUGAUGAUGGGGCGUACAAUGAGACUGGUAAUCUCUUGCUGCCCUUACCAGUACAAGGAAAUGUGUUAUAUUUCACAGAGGGUUGUGUGAUUCAUGGUCUGUGUUGGUGUUGAUCUCCCUGCUUUGAGGAUUUAAGAGUGAUAUACAGCCUCCUCAAUACAUGCACAUACACAUACCUUGCUGCUCCGGGCAGCCUCUAUGUAAUCUCAUGCACUUCUAAGUCCCUCGCAGCCCCCUGGCAGCCUAUAGUGGCAGUAAAGGUAGACUGGGGUGAGGGAAGUUGGACAAUUGACAAAUCCUUUCCAGAGCAACGAAAAAUGUGAGCUCCAUCUCCAUAGCCACAGAUCAGACUGGGCCCCAAAGCCUUCUGUGCUGGUUGAAAAGCGCUGGGCUUGGCAAGUUCCUAAAUGACUCUAAAUAAGAGAAUCAGUCGCAUUCCUCCAUAGCCAAACUUCUUUGGCAGAUAGCAUUCCCAAAUCUUCCUCGGAACCGAGGGCUGAGGCCCACUCCUUUAGCCUCCAUAGAAGGUGAUCUGGAGAGUUAAUGCAAUGGCAUGUGAUGCUUGAUUCAGACAGUAACCAGGGGACUGUGACCAGAUGCAGCUAUUGCGAAUCUUACAUUCAAGAAUUUAGUCUCAACUGCCUGCCAAAGGCUCCUCACAUACCAUCUUCUGCACAGAAAAUAUGCGACAGAGGAAAAAAUAUCAGGCAGAUUCCCAGUAGGGCAAAAACAGUUCGCCUAGUGAGCUCACACAAGAUGAAUCACUUAAAAUAAGACCACUUAGGAUGAAGAAAAUAAAACUUGGCACACAAGGAAUGAAACUCACUUAACAUCACAAAUGGUCUUGGGAGAAAAACAGCAAACGCAUCCAGUCUUCUCAAUGACUUGUUGUUGCAGGAACAGUAAAAUGCCUGUAUCAGGUCAAGAGCUUUUCUUUUCAUUAGUUCCACAGAUUUGGUUUCUUUUGCCUCUUCUGAGGACUAAAAGGUGGAGAAUUCUGGCCCUAAGAGGAAAGCUGCUGUCUCCACUGCUGGGCCAUGUCUGGAGGCACUGCACAGUCAAUGUAAAAUAAGCAAUAAACAUUGCACAAGCACCACCAUUCUCCAGUGUAGCUCCUGGUGGUCUCAGAUUCUUGUUCCAUUUCUUCAAGGCAGAAGGAUUUUCAUCAUUUUAUUUUGCAAGUGUACUGGAUUGGAGGGAUGGGUACAACUCUAUUCCAUCACUUGUGGUAAUCAAUAUAUAACCAGUUGUGGGAAUUAAACGUAAUAACCUCAGCAAAACCCAUCUUAGAUUUAGUGCAAUGUCUCCCUUCCUGGCUUAAAUGGACAUGCCAGACUGUAAUGGAUCUGCAGCCCUUGGUCUGCUGCACACAUCAAUUGCCAGCAUAGCGGAAAGUGUGUGGCCAAAUUUUGGGAGCUCAGCAGUAGCUCAAGGUGACUUUGCAAAUAUUCCCUACUGUUCCAAGCCAGCAGGACACGAAGGACAGCUGCUGUCAACCACUCAGAUGAGGCAAAAGAAAUGAACCUGUCCCUUGGCACUUUUAUUACCUAGGCUUCUCUCUAUCUGCCAGGUAGUUAUUGCUUUCACCCCAGGCAAAGGGACCAUGACCAGCCAAUGCAGUUUAGUGCUACUGCUGCAGAUAUCAAGUUACUGAACUGCUGCAAAUCAGUAUAGACAGUGAGAGAUUUACUCAGCAUAUUAUUUCAAGUAACUCCAUUCCCCCAAUCUCAUGCGUAUUCUAAGUUGAUGAUACUCAGGAAAUGUCAGCACCUCUGUAUCCAAUUCUGAAAUACCACUUUACUGUUUCCCCAGUGAAAAUUAUGUUACAAACACAUGUUCCUGUGCCUCUGGCCACAGGAUGUUAUGAGAGAACUGGAGCAUUACUUUUCCCUCUCUUUAGCAGAGUGAAAGAGCAACUAGCUGAAGGAUGCUGAGCAGUUCCUGCACUCCUAGGCAGGGGGCCUCACCAGCCUGUUUCUGGAUAUAUGGCUACCCCCUUGCUGACAAGCAGCUCUCAUUUUUUUUAACACCAUUUCUGACACUGUCAGGGCAGCAAUGAUAUUUUCCACCGGCAGGAUGAGGAACUAAGUGACUUCACCUUUCCCCUAAUGCCAGCGUUUCGCUCCCAGAACUUCUGAGACCGUGGUAAAAAUUUCUAUGACCUGUUUAGAGAAGGCUCAUCCCAGAAACAGUUCCCAUACAUGACUAAUUCUCAUGAAUGGAGUCACAUUCACCAGAGGCUAUCAGAAAAGUGUGGACAAGAAGACAGGCAGAGGAUAUUUCUGGAGCAGGCCGGGUGCAGACUGAUCAUGCCUUACUGAAGAGCUCUGCAGCCCUCACUAGGCAAUUCUAAUGCUGCCUUUGGAGCACUCAUCACAGAUAAUACAGUAUCACACUAAGAUUGAAAUGCUUAACAUAAUAAAACCCAGGACCAACGUAAUUUAUUGACAAAAACAAAGAUGAUAAUUGUCUGGAUGGAACUUGCUUAGCAUUUAAUUUGGAUGGAAGAGUGCCCAUUGCUCUUCACUGCUAGGCUUAUUAGACUAGAAUUUGUGGCUGAUGCAAAAAUUUGCCAAAAUGGAGUAAAAGGAGGUAGCUCUAUUGUAUGAUAAAUUAAUGUGAUCCAGAAGAUAAGGACUUUGUAAUUGCUGCUAUAUGGCAAAAGUAAAGGAUUUCAUUUCAAGUAGAUUGAAAAAUAUAUAUUUUUCAAUAUUGACAUAGGCUCACAAAGCUUUCAGAUGAAAAUUAAUAUCUGGGAAGGUAGAUUUUCUGAGUUAGAUAUUAGUAUCUAACUAAGUAUUAGUGUCUAACUAAGCUGACAGUGCAGGUGUAUUUUCCCAUACAUUUGGCCUAAUGUAUAGUAUUAGCAAAGAUAUACUCCUCUGAAUUUGAGACUAGUCAUAUUUUUAACAUCUCAUAUAUUGACCUUGGGGUGGCAAAAAGAGGCAAAAGAUUAGAUGAAAGCAGUGUAAGAAAAUAUUUUGGAGUCCAGUGAUUAUUUAACUAAACCUUCUAUCCAGCAAGAAUAUGCUGAAAAUUUUAACAGCUAAUUAGCUUUUGAUUCUAGGACACAACAUUGGACUAUGGCAUAUACUGAGAGCAUAACAAUUCUGUACAGAUACUUGUAUAGAACACACUCUUACUUGAUAGCAAUACAAUUGUGAGAUAUGUAGUCCUGAGACAUGGACAGAGCUUAUUUCCUUUUGGUAUCUUUAGGGCUACAGUAUUUUGAUUACCUAAGGACUCUGAUUCAUUGCAGCUUUGAUUAUUUAUUAUGCUCCUUUCCCCUUACCUGCUUCAUUUUUAUUUGGCAUUUGUCUCAUCUUUGAUAGAAACCUUUAGAAGGGCAGAGAGUGAAGUAGUUGAUUUUAUGGCUCUUUUUUGCUUCUGCCAAGCAUGAUGUGGCUGAAUUUGUAAUCAAAUACAUAAAUAAAAUACUUUUCAAAAGCUA